GAAGGAAACGAAAGGGGGGAAGGAAGUGAGAGGACACUACUUCCUCGUAGCGCUCACUAUCAAAACAUCAUCGCCCUAAUGGGCGAGUCCGCGUCCUCCAGUGGACACCGCGCAAUCUGACCCUCGGCCCGCACGUCACCAUGCUGCAGCUGAACGACUCGGUGGAGCCGCACAGUCCGGGCGUCGCGAUCCUCCACCCGGCGGACACGGAGGACGGGGUCGAGGUGGCCUUCACGCCGCCGGAGGCCGAGCGGAGCCUCGGACGCGCGGGCUCCGUGGCCUGCUGCACCCCGUUACAGACGCUGACGCCCUUCCACGUGCGCAACCCCACGAUGCAAGCGAAGGUGAAGGACUAUUUCGUGUUCAGGCCAGGAACCAUCGAGCAGGCUGUGAGCGACAUCAGGACGGUGGCGCUCCCUUCCGAGGACGGGGAGGUGCUCAGCGUCUGGCUGCUGGCAGAAAUCGACCACUGGAACAAUGAGAGGGAGCGACUUGUGCUUAUAACUGAUAGGUCGCUGCUGGUGUGCAAGUACGACUUCAUCAACCUGUUGUGUCAGCAGGUCGUCAGGAUCUCGCUCAACGCUGUAGACACCAUCUCAGUGGGCGAGUUUGAGUUCCCACCCAAAUCCCUCAACAAGAGAGAGGGCUACGGAAUUCGUGUCCAGUGGGACAAGCGUCCUCGCGCCACGUUCCUAAACCGCUGGAACCCCUGGUCUACAGACAUGCCCUACGCCACCCUCACAGAGCACCCCAUGGCCCACGCCGACGAGACGGUGGCCUCUCUCUGCCAGAUGGAUAACUUCAGGACCCAGCUGGUGCAGGCAGUGAAGAAAGCUCACCGGGAGCACCCCCUCACCGGCCGGGCCAACGGCGUGCUGAUCCUGGAGAGGCCCCUGCUCAUCGAGACAUAUCUAGGUAUUAUGUCCUUCAUCAACAACGAGGCCAAGUUGGGCUACUCCAUAACCCGUGGAAAGAUUGGCUUCUAAAAUCAAGUUUCUUAAAAUCCGGCCUGAGUUCACGCUGAGGGAAGCUUUCAUUGCACGACAGUGUAAUGUGCAAUCGGUUAAGUUGAGCCCAUCUCAUGUCACCGUUCCUUAAAUUGGAGGACCUUUCCUGCAAAGAGUUGAUCCAACGUGGGCCCCCAGGAGCGCGUGCACAUGCGACAUAAGUUGCAGCGAAAGGAGAGAGCUCAUUGAUUCAGCGCUUCUGCACUGUACUAUAAUUGACCAGAGAAGUGAUAAAGUGAAACUAAAAUCAUAUGUGUUCCAUAUUUGCUGCAUUAUUCAGAUCCUGGGGCCGUAGGGUAGCUUUGUGGAAUGCAAGGUCAUCGUUAUUAAAAAUGUUUACCAACAGGAAAACUGUUUCAUAAUCAAAGCUCUGAGUGUAACGGUUACUUAUGGAAAAUAACAGCUGGAUGUCAAUGCUGCUUGUUCGGUGGAGAUAAACUAGGUGUUGUGCUUUCCAUGUUUACAUUUGCCUAAAUUGUGUCCCACAUGCAGAGCUAAAUAAGCAAGAUGUUAGAUGUUUUAUGCAACAUUAACUUGAAAACUGUGUAUUUAUUUUUAGUAUUUGCCUUUUGGUCCUGCGUUUGUUUCAGGCACACAGGUAUUCAGCUGCAUUAACCUUUGCAGUGGGAAUAAACAGUUUUACUAAAUGAAACACGCAGACAAAGCUUUGAAUUAACCCGUAAACCACAUUCGGUCUGUAUAAAUCUUGUUCACAAGAUUUAGGUGUCAAUCUUUCCUAAACCCAAUCUAAUAUAAAUGGUUACUACCAAAGUAAACAGGCCAUAUUUUCCUGCUUGGCAGUGUUGACGAUGUGUUGCAAAAUGCCCUUUUCUGGACUUCUGCAUGUUUCCUGCACGCUGAAUCUGCAUCAGAAAUGUUUUUUAAAAUAAUAUAUUCAAACAGUUUGUAAAUACUUGUUGGGUUUUACGGAUUUUGUUGCAGUGAACUCAAAUGCUUCCAGAAAAUAAAUAUUUCAUUGACA